CAGCCAAUCGCAGCUGCAGAGCAAGGAAAUGUGGCGCAGUUCAAGGAUAGUCCCUCCAGUUAGUGGUGGCAGAAAGCUGAUGAAUUGUCACCAUUAAUAUUUAAGGGUCAAUUUUUAGCUAUUUCUUUUUAUAUCAAUGGUUUCUAAAUUCCCUGACGUGUGGACGCUUUUGUCAGAUGCUCGCCGCCGUUAUGGUGAGCUGUUCGCGGAAGAACCUCCCCAAGUGGCGGCAUGUGCUCCGGGCAGAGUCAACCUGAUCGGGGAGCACACUGACUAUAACCAGGGAUUCGUUCUUCCAAUGGCGCUUCCCUUUGUGACCGUGGUGGUUGGAAGUCCAACCUCUGGCCAGGGAGUUACCGUUGUAACCGCAGCGGAGGACGCUGAUGAACCCCGGAGAGUUGACUUCACCUUGACAGGCGAUGGAUGCUCUCUGUCGCCAGGGUUACCUCGCUGGGCAAACUAUGUGAAGGGUGUCAUACAACACUACAGGGCUCCUGGUCUCCCAAAUUUCAGAGCAGUGGUAGCUAGCAGUGUCCCCCUGGGUGGAGGACUGUCCAGCUCUGCCUCUCUGGAGGUGGCCUUCUACACCUUCUUGCAGCAGCUCAAGCCAGAUAAUGGAGAGAAACUGGGAAAAGUGCUGGCAUGUCAACAGGCUGAACACACCCACGCUGGUGUACCAUGUGGUAUUAUGGACCAGUUUGUGUCUGUUUUUGCCAGGGAGGGACAGGCUUUACUCAUUGAUUGCAGGUCCCUGGAAGCCACCUCAGUACCUCUGGCAGAUCCAAGCUUGGUCAUCCUCAUUACCAACUCUAACGUAAAGCACUCGCUGACUGGCAGUGAGUACCCAAUAAGACGCAGACAUUGUGAGCAGGCUGCCUCUGCACUGGGAAAAGACAGUCUGAGAGAUGUUACAAUAAAAGAACUAGAAGAGGCCAAGGAGAAGCUGGAUGAUGUAACUUAUCGAAGAGCUCGUCAUGUUGUUGAGGAAAUACAGAGAACUGUCCAAGCUGCUGAAGCCCUAAAGAAAGGGUCCUACAAGGAAUUUGGCCAGCUCAUGGUGGAAAGCCACAAUUCUUUGAGGGACCUGUAUGAGGUGAGCUGCCAAGAACUGGACGAACUGGUUUCUGCCGCCAUGGAGGUAGAGGGGGUCUUUGGCAGUAGAAUGACUGGUGGAGGGUUCGGGGGAUGCACCGUGACUUUGCUACUGGCACAUGCCAUUGACAAGGCCAUACUACACAUCCAGGAAAAAUACAGUGGAACUCCAACUUUCUACGUUACAACUCCUUCAGAAGGAUCAAGGACUCUCAGUCUGAUUUGACCUCGCUUCUUACUUCUGCUGUUUGAGAAUCUACAUUUUCUGCACACACUGAAAGGCAUCUGGAAUCACCCCAGUAUUUGAAUGAACUUUUUACCACAAUGAUGCAUUGCUUUGUCAUAUGCUAGAUAAAAAUUGCACCGUUUUUAGUUCAUGACAUGUACAGGUACAAAGUGAUUGUACUUUUAUACUUCAAAAUAAAUCAUACUUUUAGAUACA